CACCUCAGGAGUCGACGGCGCGAGGUCGAGGUAGCAAGAGAGGGAGCUGCAGCAGGACUUGUGUGGCUUCCCCUGUCCCUCUCAAGCCGCCCCCCGGCUCCCUUUUGUUCCCCCAAACAUGGCCGAAACCGGGGGUGGUUUUCUGGAGCAACUUCAAUCCUGCAUCCUCUGGUCCUGGACGUACUUGUGGACUCUCUGGUUCUUCGCCUUGCUUUUUCUCGUCUACAUCUUGAGGGUGCCUUUAAAGAUCAAUGAUAACCUGGCCUCAGUGAGUAUGUUUUUGAACACAUUAACACCCAAAUUCUACGUUGCCUUGACAGGCACUUCUUCGUUAAUCUCAGGGCUUAUUUUGAUAUUUGAAUGGUGGUAUUUUCGGAAGUAUGGAACGUCCUUCAUCGAGCAAGUCUCUGUGAGUCACUUGCGCCCUCUGCUGGGUGGGGUGGACAACACUUCUCCCAGUAACUCAAACGCAACCAAUGGGGACUCAGAUUCAAACAGACAGAGCGUUUCAGAAUGUAAAGUCUGGCGAAAUCCCCUAAAUCUGUUUAGAGGAGCUGAAUAUAACCGAUACACCUGGGUGACUGGAAGAGAACCAUUGACCUAUUACGAUAUGAAUCUUUCCGCCCAAGAUCAUCAAACAUUUUUCACAUGUGAUACUGACCAUUUAAGGCCUGCAGAUGCCAUAAUGCAAAAGGCUUGGAGAGAAAGAAACCCACAAGCCAGAAUUUCUGCAGCACAUGAAGCUUUAGAGUUAAAUGAGUGUGCCACUGCUUAUAUUCUCUUGGCAGAAGAGGAAGCAACAACUAUCGUGGAAGCAGAAAAACUGUUUAAACAGGCCCUGAAAGCAGGUGAAGGCUGCUACAGGCGUAGCCAACAAUUACAGCACCAUGGUACUCAAUAUGAAGCUCAGCACAGACGGGACACUAAUGUAUUAGUCUACAUUAAAAGGAGGCUGGCAAUGUGUGCAAGAAAACUGGGGAGAACCAGGGAAGCUGUGAAAAUGAUGAGAGAUUUGAUGAAGGAAUUCCCGCUUCUUAGCAUGUUCAACAUCCACGAAAAUUUGCUAGAAGCUUUGCUGGAGUUACAAGCCUAUGCAGAUGUUCAAGCUGUUUUAGCAAAAUAUGAUGAUAUAAGUUUACCAAAAUCAGCAACAAUAUGCUACACAGCUGCCCUUCUCAAAGCCAGAGCUGUCUCUGACAAAUUUUCUCCAGAGGCAGCUUCAAGAAGAGGUCUCAGCACAGCAGAAAUGAAUGCAGUGGAAGCUAUUCAUAGAGCAGUAGAAUUUAAUCCACAUGUGCCAAAAUAUCUUCUAGAAAUGAAAAGCUUAAUAUUACCCCCUGAACAUAUUUUGAAGCGAGGUGACAGUGAAGCAAUUGCGUAUGCUUUCUUUCAUCUUCAGCAUUGGAAAAGAGUUGAGGGCGCUCUGAAUCUCUUACAUUGUACGUGGGAAGGCACUUUCAGAAUGAUUCCUUAUCCUUUGGAAAAAGGGCACCUUUUUUAUCCUUAUCCCAUUUGUACCGAAACAGCAGAUAGAGAACUUCUUCCGUCAUUUCAUGAAGUCUCUGUUUACCCCAAGAAGGAGCUUCCAUUCUUCAUUCUGUUCACCGCUGGACUAUGUUCUUUCACAGCUAUGUUGGCCCUUCUGACACACCAGUUCCCAGAACUAAUGGGAGUAUUUGCAAAAGCAGUGAGUAUCAUGUCACUUACUCAUUUCUGAUGGAUCAAGGGGAGGGGUGAGUCAAUAAAUUAUGGGGCAACAGGCUUUUUAAUCAGCAAGCACAAUGGUUGCUCUCUCUCUCUUUUUUUGCCAUAUGGCAACUAUCCUUUACAAAUCAUUAUUUGUCACUAUAUUUUAGCAGUGAAUUAGAGGAAUGUGAUUUGAAUUGGAAUGUUACUAAUCUGUUGUCAGGGUUCUUCUUCCAAUGCGAGAAUAUAUUUCAAAUGAAAUGAAUAAAAUAGAUGGUUAAUUCAAAGAAGCAAUACCACUUUUUAAAUGUGUUAUGAUGGGAGCAUUUAAAACGAUAUAUUCACACAUGGGAAGAAUAGUUAAGAUCACAUACAGUAUUAUUAAUGAAUGUUUACAACCGGCAUCAUGUCAAUAGUUCUCAAUGUGAGACUUCUAUUUAUUGCAUUUAAUUUGAUUUUAAGAGCAGACAA